AUGGAAAGACUCGACGAAGAUAGUGCUGAUUUGGCUUUUUUGGAAGAAAAUUUAGAGAAAACCGAAGAUUUAACAGAAAAAAUGACCAGCAUGCUGAACGUGUUUGAUGAUCGAUUAGUAAGAUUGGAAGCUUCAAUAUUGCCGAUUCACAAAUCGACUCAGACAUUAACUAAAUUGGUGGACAGUAUCCUUAAUUCA